UUGGUUUGACACACACCACCCCUGUGGCACAGGAUCAUGCACAGUAUUCGAGUAGGUUAGUAGUAAACGUUUAUUUGUUGAUCUCUAUAAUAACAUUACCUCCCUAUUGGCUGCGUGGGGUUACUUCCUUAGCUUUAGCUUUAGCUCGCUGUCACGCUGCUCAAGAAUAUAGCACCAGAAGUUGCUAGCUGGUUGCACUGAUUCCAUUGGAAGGACGAUCAUGGCUUACACACAGAUCCUGAGAGCCCUGCAUCGGGGGUUCCAGUCCUCGGCCACGCAUCACUACACGGUGCACACGUGUAAACUCACGCAGGUUAGCUUGUUGUUCCACAGCCACAGGACCGUGUGGACCUCGUCCUUCACGCCGAGCCUCCACAGCCGAGCCGGGGCUGCCCUGCCCGCUCUGCCCGCUCUGAGCUGCCUCUCCCGGCGGAGUCUCCAUGUGGACAUCCCGGACAGGAACCGGAGCAGCCCCGAGGACAGGGACAGAUCCGUGUCCAGGUAUCAGAGCCAGAAGCCUACAGGUGCUCAGAAAGUGAAGGAGGCUGGUAGAGACUUCACCUACUUGAUAGUUAUUCUAAUAGGACUUGGAGUGACAGGUGGCCUCUUAUAUGUGGUGUUCCAGGAGCUGUUUUCUUCCUCCAGUCCAAAUAAAGUCUAUGGAAAAGCCUUUGACAAAGUCAAGUCAAACCCAGAGGUGAUCGGUGCAUUCGGGGAGCCAAUCAAAUGUUAUGGGGAGACCACACGUCGAGGAAGGAGACAGCAAGUUCGUCACACAGAGUACCUGAAGGACGGACUGAAGCAUCUCCAACUUAAGUUUUACAUCGAAGGCAUUGAACCAGGUCUCAAAGGAACUGUACAUUCAGAGUCGAAAGAGAACAAUGAAACAGGAAAAUACGAGUUUCGAUACAUAUUUGUGGAAGUGGACACAUACCCAAGACGGUCGAUCAUUGUGGAAGAUAACCGAUAAGAGAAGAUGUCGAACUAGCUGAACAAUAAUGUGGAUAAUGUGUUUCUCAAAGGAAGGUUUGUGUUAUUGGACAAAUAGCUAUGAGUGUAAACUGUAAUUUACGAAUAAAACGCCUUGUGACAGUCGUAGUUGAUUGAAACUUUGCUGCAACAAUGUACUGGUUUAAAUUUGAUGAAGAGCUUUGCUAAGCAAAGUCUCUUGACCAAUAUAAAAUGAUCUUGGCUCUUUUGUGUUAAUGUAACUUAAAAAAUACCCAAAAAACAAUAUUUUCUUGUUUCGGUUUUUAUUUUGACUAAAAGACGAAUGAAUUUUGAAGUAACAUUUAAUCAAAAUGAUUUUAAAUUGUAAUAAAAAGGUUCUUACUUGCACAGAGACACAAAUACAAUGGAAAAAUCUGUGCUUAUAUUUUUCUGACCAUGUCUGAUUCGUCUUUUGUCUGUAUCAAUUUGUACGUUUGGUUUAAGUUGGAGCUUUGGUGGCCAAUUUAAUAAAACAGUUAAAAAAGGA